CACUGUUUGGCAGGUGAUAUAUAUAUUUUGAAAUUAAUACAGACCCUGGAUUAAACUAAAAGGAAAACUCGUAGUUUCAAUGUCUACACACGAUAUAAAAUUGGAAGUUUGUGUCGACUCAAUCGGAUCAGCACUAGCUGCAGCGGAAGGUGGGGCGGCACGUAUUGAACUCUGUUCGGCGUUAACAGAAGGCGGCCUAACACCAUCUCCUGGUUCGUUGAAGACGAUCAAAAAGCUCAUUAGCAUACCCAUUUACUGUAUGCUACGGCCGAGGCGCGGUAAUGACUUCACCUACUCAAACUCAGAAAUGGAAGUAGUGCUUUUGGAUUUGGAACUACUGCGUGCAAAUGGCGCUGAUGGUUUUGUCUUUGGUGCCCUCACCGACCAACGUACAAUCGAUGUGGAAAAAUGUCAUCGUGUAAUAGAACAUGCUGCAGGCAUGCCAGUCACAUUUCAUCGAGCAUUCGAUCUCACCAAUCCGCAAUUGAUGCAUGAAACAGUCACUAUAAUAAAGGAGCUGGGGUUUAAGCGUUUACUUAGUAGCGGCUUUCGUGCCACUGCUAUCGAGGGAAGUGAAAAUCUCGCACAAUUAAUUGCCAAACAUCGUGACAUCGUCAUAAUGCCAGGUGCAGGUAUUAGUGUAAGCAAUCUGGAUGAAUUGUUGACGGUUACAAAAUGUAUAGAAUUUCAUGCCUCAGCACAGUCUGUGGCAGGUGCACCUUCAAGUAAUGGCGGCGUGGCGCGCAUGGAUUGCGAUGUCACGAUGGGUAAGCAAGAUAUAGAGCCAUAUACCACCACGGAUGUUCAUGUUGUGCGUCAAAUGGUAAGCAUUGCAAUGGCGGCAAAGUGAAUAUGGUAUCAAAGCGCUGCAAAAACUAAUAGUUAGUAUACGAUUUAGCUGGUAAAUUGCAUGCAUAUGUAUUUAAAGAAUAUAAAAAUAAAAUAUUUUAAAUUUUAAGAGAAGUAGAAAUUUAGAUCUGAAAUUUUCCGUUAAGCGCAUUAAAUAUGUACUUGAAACGUUAUAUGAAAAACGUUAAUUAAGCUGGACCAAACAAUUUUUAAUAACUAUACCUGUUUUUAUGCAAUGUGGUAACAUUAUGGAUGUAAAUAAAUUACUUAAUUCUGCAACAAAUUUAACUUUCAAUAAUUGUAUUUAUUUAUUUGCUUGUACAUACAUAUAUGAUCCGCACUGCUUGCAAUACAUUUUACCAAUACUUUUAUUAAAUUGAACGGAACUAAUCACUGCAAUUCAAUAAUAUCCCCGAAAAUAAUUUAGUUAGGCCUUUUUAUGUAAAGCCGUUCUAAGAGGCCUACAAUUUACGCUAUUGCAAAAAUUUAUAUUUGCCAUUACAAAUGAGUUUCAAUAAACAUUUUAAGUUGCAAUAACACAUA